AUUAAGGAGAUGUGUAUUGUGCAACAUCUUCGGUUUAAAAAAGAGAAAAUGGGGUUUCCCUUUUCAAAUAAAAACAUUGCACAAAAUUGUGAGUUAAUAUAGAACCUAUCCAUGAUUAGGUUUUUGAUGCGGACGGUGAUUGAUGAUUGUGCGUCUCAAAGUUGGGUGACCCCUGUUCCCGUAGGAGUCCUCCAAAAUCUUGCAAUAUGAAACAUUUUGUGUCAUGAUGCAUUAAUGUGGACUUAGGCAGAGGUUUAACUUGUGAGGGGAAGACCAAAGGUCAUAGAUGGGAAUGGCUGAUGAAGUGGAGACGCCACGGUCAAGUGGCCGAGAGGAAAAGAUUUUUGUUUCUGUUCGUCUGCGUCCUUUGAACGAGAAGGAAAUUUCAAGGACUGAUGUUUCAGACUGGGAAUGCAUAAAUGAUAAUACAAUUAUAUCUUCGAACAGCCUUUCAAUUUCCGAGCGCUCCAUGUAUCCAACUGCCUAUACAUUCGACAGAGUGUUUAGUCCUGAUUCCUCCACAAGACAGGUGUAUGAGGAAGGUGCAAAGGAAGUUGCUCUUUCAGUUGUUAAGGGGAUAAAUGCAAGUGUUUUUGCAUACGGACAAACAAGCAGCGGAAAGACAUAUACUAUGACUGGGAUUACUGAUUACACCUUAGCGGAUAUAUAUGAUUAUAUAGAGAGGCAUCAAGAUAGAAAAUUUAUUUUGAAGUUCUCUGCUAUGGAGAUCUAUAAUGAAUCUGUGAGAGACCUCCUAAGUUCUGAUAGCUCUCAACUUAGACUUCUAGAUGAUCCAGAGAAAGGAACUGUUAUUGAGAAACUCACUGAAGAAAUUCUGAGUGAUUGGAAACAUUUUAAAGAACUUCUAUCUGUUUGUGAAGCUCAAAGACAAAUUGGAGAGACUGCACUGAAUGAAGCAAGCUCCAGAUCUCAUCAGAUUUUGAGAUUGACAAUUGAAAGUUCUCCACGUGAGUUGGGCAUUGACAAACUGAGCACUCUCACAGCUACUGUGAAUUUUGUUGAUCUUGCAGGAAGUGAGCGUGCAUCUCAGUCACUAUCUGCGGGCACUAGGUUGAAAGAAGGUUGCCAUAUAAAUCGCAGUUUGCUAACAUUAGGAACUGUUAUCCGUAAGCUGAGCAAGGGAAGAAGUGGACAUAUUCCUUUUAGAGAUUCAAAGUUAACCCGCAUACUGCAACCCUCCUUAGGAGGAAAUGCUAGAACUGCCAUCAUAUGUACCCUGAGUCCUGCAAGAAUCCAUCUGGAGCAAUCAAGAAAUACACUCUUGUUUGCAACCUGUGCUAAGGAAGUGAUUACAAAUGCACAAGUCAACAUAGUCAUGUCUGACAAAGUAUUAGUAAAGCAUUUGCGAAGAGAAUUAGCUAGAUUGGAGAGUGAAUUGAGAAAUUCAGUGCCGAUCUCCACAUCUGAUUCAGCUGCAUUACUGAGAGAAAAAGACCUUGAGAUUGAAAAGCUAAAGAAUGAGGUAAGGGAGCUGACCAUGCAAAGAGAUCUUGCUCUAUCCGAGGUUGAGAGUGUACAGCGACUAGGUGGGAAUGAGGAAUCAUCAACAGAAUGGGUGGGCCUGGACAAUCAAUAUCCUAAGCUGCGAGUGCGGAAUUCAUCACAGCAUUAUUCGUGGGAUUCUGAGAAUCCAGCACCAGAGAGCCCCGUUAUUGCAGAUACUCGCAGUGAACACGUUGGCGUCAGAAUUUCAGAUAUAUCUCAACAGUCCGAUAAACACAGUCGAACUAGUUCUGAUGAUAACUUGUUCCAGCUUCCUGACCUCAAAGUGAAUUUCACACUCACCAGUCCACCUCAGCAGCCAACAAUCAAAGUUCCUGGUUUUGUUGAAACCGAUCUGCAUCAAGAGCAGAUAGAAGAAAAUCCUGAAGAAAAUUUUGAAGGAAGUUGCAAGACCUGCAUAAACAUAGGAAAAUCUAGCUCUGACAGAUAUGCAGAAUCUAACUUAUCAGAUCCUACUUCCAACCGAUACGAAGAUUCAAGUAUGACAUCAUCUGAAGUAAACACAGUUAACUCAGGAUUGACAGAGGUUGAGAAUGAAAAUGGAGAAAAACAAGAAUUUGAGACAUACUUACCCCUGCUGAAUAGAGAAAAAGACUUGGGCAUAACCCCUAAUGAUUUUAUUAUCCCAUCUCCUGAAAAGUCCUCUCCAGGGCUUCUUGAGAAAGAAAUAUGUGGCUCCAGAAGCUUGAAGUUGGUUAGGAGCAGAAGUUGCAAAGCAAGUCUUACGACUAGUCCUUUCUCACCUUGGUUGGAGAAGGAAGGAAAUAACAAGACCACACCAUCAAAUUGGUUAGAGAAAGACUUCAGUGGCAGACCUGUGGGCAUCCCAAGAAAAUUUUCUUUUUUGAAAUAUGAUGAUGACAGAGACAGGUCAUCAAGCAAUGAGUCGCUGACUUGUAUUAACAAUACUACUAGUUGUGAGCCUGAAGCACAGAAUGUUACAACUUCAGAAGAUUAUGAGACUAAUUGUUUGGAGACUAUAAUUGAAGAGGUGAAAGAAAUGACCAAUGAUCAAUAUGGAAAGCAACCUGCUGAUCCCACGGUACGGGAGGCAGAGAGAGAGCAGUGGGAUCUAUAAAGAAUGUAAAA